AUGCGUUCUCUCAUCAUCUCAUCUGCCCUUCUGGUCAUCUUGGUUCAAUGUGGAUAUCCUGUCGUUGAGAAUGCCUACCCAAUCACCCCAAGUUAUCCAACAACCCCAGGAUAUCCAACAACUCCAUCCUAUCCUACUCCUCCAAAGAAGUAUCCAGUCCCACCAGCAUAUCCACAAAAGCCAUCCUACUCUGCACCACCACCACCUCCACCAACUGACGCUGAAGUUGUCGCAUCAGACAGCGAGUACACCACUGCUGCUUCUACUUCUGAAUAUCGCAAACGUGCCAAGGCUCGCACCGCCCACAACCGCCAAUUCCAACGUUGUGCUCUUCAACCAAUCAAGAGAUUCCAACAGAAGAAGCAAUAA